AUGGCGGUUGAACGGCUCGGCUCCAUUCUCAAGCACCUGUCGCCCGGCAGUGCGCUAUCGCAGAUCACAUCCAAAAAUGCCGACGACAUCGUCAUAACUCUCGCGAUCCGAACCCCUCUCGCAAAAGCCCGUAAAGGCAGCUUCAAGGAUACGAGCCUUGAGUACCUCGUCUAUGCGCUGCUAAAGGAGGUUAAAGAUCGCAGCAGCCUCGACCCGGCCGUUGUCGAAGACAUCUGCCUGGGCAAUGUCUCGGAUGGCAAGGCUGCCUACAAGCUUCGCGCGGCCGCGCUGGCCGCUGGCUUCCCCAACACGACAAGCUGCUCGAGCUUGAACCGCUUCUGCUCGUCCGGCCUCAAGGCCACCGCCGACAUCGCGCACGCCAUCAGCAGCGGAUCCAUUGGCGUUGGCAUCGCCAUCGGCGCCGAGCAAAUGACCAUUGGCGGCGACGCGCUCGAGGCGCCCUUCGACGACCAAGUUACCAAGCACUCCCAGGAGUCCGUCGACUGCAUGGAGCCCAUGGGGUGGACCAGUGAGAACGUCAGCCGUGACUUUGGCAUCACGCGCGAGGAAAUGGACAAAUAUGCCGCCGAGAGUUUCCAGCGAGCCGAGCGCGCCCAAAAGGCUGGUCUGUUUGACGACGAGAUCGCCCCCAUCAAGACCCGGAUCAAGGAUGCCAACGGCGAGUGGAAGGAGGUCACCGUCACCAGAGACGAGGGUAUCCGGCCGGGCACCACGGCCGAGGGGCUGGGCAAGAUCAGAGCCGCUUUCCCGCAAUGGGGCCCUACAACCACCGGUGGAAAUGCCAGCCAGGUCACUGAUGGGGCUGCCGCCGUCAUCCUGAUGAAGCGCUCCACCGCCGUCAAACUCGGUCAGCCAAUCCUUGCCAAGUAUGUUGGGUCGACUGUCGCCGGCCUAGCGCCCCGUAUCAUGGGCAUUGGCCCGACCGUUGCCAUCCCCAAGCUCCUCUCCCAGCACAACUUGACCCUCAACGACAUCGAUGUCGUCGAGAUCAACGAAGCCUUUGCUAGCAUGGCCGUGUAUUGCCGCAACACGCUCGGCCUCGAUUGGGCCAAGCUAAAUCCCCGUGGCGGCGCCAUCGCGCUGGGCCACCCCCUUGGUGCUACCGGCACCAGACAGAUCGUCACUGGCCUGAGCGAGUGCAGAAGAACAGGCAAGAAGAUCCUUCUCACGAGCAUGUGCAUUGGCACUGGCAUGGGUAUGGCAGGGCUUUUCGUGAAUGAGCAAUAG